ACCGAACUGCAGAGAAGGUUACACGCCGGUGGGAUAUCAGGCAGUCCAACUUCGAUUUCUUUCUUACAUCUGAAUCACGUGCAUUGCACGUGGAGACCGGUGGGAGGAAUAAGACUUACAUCUGGAAAAACCCUAAACCCUAAAAUCUGUUUGGAAGCAAAUGGAGAAUGGUAACCUGCUCGAUCAAGCACUGGGAGGAGGUCUCAUCGAAGACGCUUCUUCUGCUAGUCGGAGCGGCGGCGGCCGAGUGCUUCUCAUCGAGGACUGCGUCGAGACCAGCGCCGCCUUCGUGCUUCACCACCUCAUCAAGCGGACUCUCUCUCCUCCUCACUCCUCCGCCGCACUCAUCAUCUUUGCCGCCUUUGCGCAUCCUUUCUCUCACUACGAUCGCAUUCUACGUAAAAUGGGUUGCAAUUUAGCUGUUCAAAGGGAUAAUAAGAGGUUCGUUUUCCUCGAUAUGCUUACAUUCGAAUGUCCAGAUGGAGAUGGAGGUGGAACUUUUGAAGGUGGACUUGUUGAAUUGUAUGGAAAGAUCCAGAAAGCUGUGGAGGUUAGCAUCGUAAAUGGUGGAAGUAGGAGCAUCAGUAUUAUGAUUGAUGAUAUUUCGCUUCUGGAGGUUGCUGCUAAAGGGUCUUCAAAUCACGUGUUAGACUUUCUGCAUUACUGUCACACUUUAACAACUGAAAUUGGUUGUUCACUAGCUGUUCUUAAUCAUGAGGAUAUAUAUUCAAGAAUGGAGAGACCUAAUCUUAUUUUACAAAUGGAGUACCUUGCAGAAGUUAUCAUAAAGGUAGAGCCUUUGGCCACUGGUUUGGCAACUGAUGUGCAUGGACAGUUGACAGUAAUGAACAAGAGAAAUUUUGAUGGGCCCUUACGGAAGAAGUCUAACUUCCACUUCAGGGUCAAGGAAAAUAAUGUCGAAUACUUCUAUCCGGGGAGUCGGACUUGAAGAUAUCUUGGAGAAUUCAUUGUUGAUAUUCAACUCUCCUGACUCCACUUACUUUUCGGACAUUGAGACUUUUACGCAUGUAAGCUUUAGUUAACUAUUAGAAGCAUCAUUUGACAAAAUGAGAAUUUAAAUAUCAUUGCUUAUCAACGCUUGAGUUUUGAAUAGGUUGGAGAAUAUUAAUGCCUCUGGUUUAUCUUUGUUUAUAAAAGCUAUUGGUUUCCA